UCUGGUGGCGGGUUAGGUUGAGGUAGAGCAAACUGCAAACUGGCGGCGAGCCUUAAAGUGACAGAGCUUUUUUAAUAUAUAUCUCUAGAAAAAGGGAGAUUAUUGCAAAAAUAAAACAACAGAUUGCGGUUUGCACUGAAAACACAGGUAGCCAUGGAGUCGUAUGACAUCAUAGCCAACCAGCCCGUUGUGAUUGAUAAUGGAUCUGGGGUUGUCAAAGCCGGGUUUGCAGGAGAUCAGAUCCCCAAAUACUGCUUCCCAAACUAUGUGGGACGUCCCAAACAUGUGCGGGUGAUGGCGGGAGCUCUGGAGGGGGACCUCUUCAUCGGACCCAAAGCUGAGGAGCACAGGGGGCUGCUCUCCGUGCGCUAUCCCAUGGAGCACGGUAUUGUGAGGGACUGGAACGACAUGGAGCGAAUCUGGCAGUACGUCUACUCCAAGGACCAGCUGCAGACCUUCUCUGAGGAGCAUCCUGUGCUGCUGACGGAAGCCCCGCUGAACCCCAGUAAGAACCGCGAGCGCGCGGCCGAGGUGUUCUUCGAAACCUUCAACGUGCCGGCGCUCUUCAUCUCCAUGCAAGCCGUGCUGAGCCUGUACGCCACGGGCCGGACCACGGGCGUGGUGCUGGACGCGGGCGACGGCGUGACCCACGCGGUGCCCAUCUACGAGGGCUUCGCCAUGCCACACUCCAUCAUGCGCGUGGACAUCGCCGGGAGGGACGUGUCCCGCUACCUGCGCCUGCUCCUGCGCAAGGAGGGCUACGACUUCCACACCUCGGCAGAGUUCGAGGUGGUGCGAACCAUCAAAGAGAGGGCGUGCUACUUGUCGAUCAACCCCCAGAAGGACGAGACGCUGGAUACGGAAAAGGCUCAGUAUACUCUACCGGACGGCAGCACUCUCGAUAUCGGCCCGUCUCGGUUCCGGGCUCCGGAGCUGUUGUUCCGUCCGGACCUGAUUGGAGACGAGAGCGAGGGGAUCCACGAGGUGCUGGCCUUCUCCAUCCAGAAAUCGGACCUGGACCUGCGGCGCACCCUCUUCUCAAACAUCGUGCUCUCCGGGGGCUCCACGCUCUUCAAAGGCUUCGGUGAUCGGCUGUUAAGCGAAGUGAAGAAGCUGGCACCCAAAGAUGUUAAAAUAAAGAUCUCCGCGCCUCAGGAGCGAUUGUACUCCACGUGGAUCGGGGGCUCCAUCCUGGCUUCUCUGGACACCUUCAAAAAGAUGUGGGUCUCCAAGAAAGAAUACGAAGAGGACGGAGCCCGGGCUAUACACAGGAAGACCUUUUAGAGGGAGGAAGCGGGGCUUCCCGGGACCCUCCGAGUGUGGGUUAGGAUUGCUCCAGCACCCCGAGAGAGAGAGAAAUGAGGGGAUUGAGAUCGGCAUGCCUUCUUCACCCCCUGUCCUCCCCCCCCCCCCCCUUCCACAGCAGAUUACCAGUGACACAGUGCCAUCGCAGCACCGGCUCCCCUCUCCCCCCCCCCCCCCCCUCCUCCACGCAGGAGUGUAAUUAUAAAGUGGUCAACAUUCAAUGACUUCCUCAAAUGCAAAACAAAUAGAAAAUCUGUACCUGUUUUCACCCACUCCCUUCUCCCCCCCCCCCCCCCCCCCCGUCCCUUUCUUAUUAAAAAUAGAUGUUUGAUUGUCAUAACCUGGCUGCACAUCACAGGCCCCUCUUCAGUUCUGUUUCAGUGCAGUAGACCCCACUCUGUCUCGUUUAUAAACUGGACUUGCAGUGUCAGGAUUCGCGUGAGGGAAAUAGCACCGUUUGCAAGGGCUCCCCUUUCAGAAGCGAUGACAUCACGUCCGGAAUGUUUGGAAAGGGUGUUCUGAAAUGGAAAAGGGGCGUGUCCCAAACUCCCUUCCCCUCCCAGCGCAGGAAGAACACAGCGUCACGAUAGUUAUUUGUCGAUGUUUGAUUUGUGGUAUGAGUGUGAUCUAGCUCGUGGAAAGCCUUUCACUCGUAACUUAAACAUUCAAACGAUUCAGGUCUGUUAAGGGUAACCUAUUUAUACAAAGUGAACGAUAACAAUUUAAAGCUUGUUUGCAGAACUGCAUAGAUUUAACUUCAAAAGUGCUUUAUAAAAAUCCCCAUAUCGGUGUAAGAACUACAGGAGUCUGGAGGGUACUUCUUGCGUUGCUGUCUGCAAGCAGAAAAAUGAAAUGAAUAAAGUGGCUUAACAACUCUGUCUAGCGAUGGUUGCUUCUUUAACAGUCUUGAGCAUUUCAACAAACGUUGAACUGUAUUGAUUUCCCCAAAACCUAAACAAUCCCUUCUUUAGUCCUGAGUUUAAGCGAGGGUAUUGUGUGUGUGUAUGUGUGUGUGUUUUGCACCUUUCUCCUUGUGUUGGCAAGCAUUGAGGGUGUCUGAUGGAGCCUGUAGUCUGAUCCUGAAUACUAGAGCUUCCUAACCUCUAGAAAUCAGCUUCUCCCCGGGCCUGAGUGUAAUACUGCAGCAGGAAGGUUUGAAAAGAGCGCUAGCUAGCCGAAAAUCCUCUUACCUCAUUGUUUUAAACUGCUGCUUCCUUGUAUCUCGUCACUUCUUGUGCUGUAGGUCACGUGGUGAGAUUGGAGUGAAUCUGACCGACAGCACAGGAAGUGACUGGGUACCAGGAAGCAACCAGAAUCUAUUGUUUUGUAUUUAAACAAAAAUCUGCAAGGGGGGAAAAACAGCACAAGAAAGGGGAGGGCAGUGAUGACGUUAGCAGUGUUGAUAAGACCUUGGAGUUAUAUAACUCCCUUUAAAUAAAGUAAUACUCAUGUGUUUUGAUGGGUGUAGCGUUGGUGAGCAGGGUGGGGUAGCAGUCGUGAAGUUACAUGGCCGGCCUAUCCCUUCUAGUCCCCCCCCCCCCCCCUUCCCCUCCCCUGAAGGAUUGAUUCGCCCCAAUGGCCUGCGUGUGUGUCCUGUGUAUAUUGGAAUAUACCAUCUGCUUCCAUUAGGGAUCUGCAUCACCUGUAUAAUCAGUGGUUUGAAGAAAAAAAAAAGAAGUGGACUGAAUUGUACAAUAAAUCAAAGCGUUUGCUUGUACUUUUAAAUUUGUAAAUUCAUUAUAACAAUAAAUUAAUUAAUGAC